AUGACGAUGCUGACUCCUCAACCGUUGGAUCGACAAGAAGAUGAAGAGAUGCUGGUGCCACACUCGGAUUUUGUAGAAGGCCCUCAGCCUUUAGUAGAAGGACCUCAGCCUUUAGUAGAAGGUCCUCAGCCUAUGGAAGUAGCGCCAGUGGAUGGUGCUGGGACUGUGGACAACCAGGCCAGUGAAGAGCCACAAGCAUCACGGUUCACAUGGGCGAUUGAGAAUUUUUCUCGCUUAAAUGUCAAGAAGCUAUAUUCGGACGUCUUUACAGUUGGUGGUUAUAAAUGGCGGGUGCUUAUUUUUCCCAAAGGAAACAAUGUGGACUAUUUGUCUAUGUAUUUAGAUGUGGCAGAUUCAGCUACCUUGCCAUAUGGUUGGAAUAGAUAUGCACAGUUCAGCUUGGCCGUAGUUAAUCAAAUACAUAACAAAUACACAAUAAAAAAAGACACACAGCACCAGUUCAGUCAAAGGGAGAGUGAUUGGGGUUUUACAUCUUUCAUGCCCCUUGUUGAACUUUAUGACCCCAGUAAGGGGUAUCUUGUGAAUGAUACAUGUGUUGUUGAAGCUGAUGUUGCUGUACGUAAGGUCAUUGAUUACUGGACGUAUGACUCAAAGAAGGAGACAGGUUUUGUGGGACUUAAGAACCAAGGAGCAACUUGUUACAUGAAUUCUCUCCUGCAAACUUUGUAUCAUAUUCCUUACUUCAGAAAGGCUGUGUAUCAUAUGCCAACUACGGAGAAUGAUAUGCCUUCAGGAAGCAUUCCCUUGGCUCUACAGAGUUUGUUUUAUAAGCUCCAAUAUCAUGAUACCAGUGUGGCAACAAAAGAAUUGACUAAAUCAUUUGGAUGGGACACGUAUGAUUCCUUUAUGCAGCAUGAUGUGCAAGAACUUAAUAGAGUUCUGUGUGAAAAGCUCGAAGACAAGAUGAAGGGGACUGUUGUUGAAGGGACAAUACAGAAACUGUUUGAAGGACACCAUAUGAAUUACAUUGAAUGCAUCAAUGUAGAUUUCAAAUCUACAAGAAAAGAGUCAUUUUAUGACCUUCAACUUGAUGUCAAAGGCUGUAAAGAUGUUUAUGCUUCCUUCGACAAGUAUGUGGAAGUUGAACGUCUUGAAGGAGAUAACAAGUAUCAUGCUGAAGAACAUGGUUUGCAGGAUGCCAAGAAGGGUGUCUUGUUCAUUGACUUCCCUCCCGUGCUGCAGCUUCAGCUAAAGCGCUUUGAAUAUGAUUUUAUGAGGGAUACAAUGGUUAAGAUAAACGACCGUUAUGAAUUUCCCCUAGAACUUGACCUUGAUAGAGACAACGGAAAAUACUUGUCGCCGGAAGCAGAUAGGAGUGUUCGCAACCUUUACAUGCUCCAUAGUGUUUUGGUUCAUAGUGGAGGUGUGCAUGGUGGACACUAUUAUGCUUUCAUCAGACCAACACUGACUGAUCAAUGGUAUAAAUUUGAUGAUGAGCGGGUCACUAAAGAAGACGUGAAGAGGGCGCUAGAGGAGCAGUAUGGUGGUGAGGAAGAGUUGCCACAGACAAAUCCUGGCCACAACAAUACUCCAUUUAAAUUUACAAAAUACUCAAAUGCAUACAUGCUUGUGUAUAUACGUGUUAGUGACAAGGAUAAGAUAAUUUGUGACGUGGAUGAGAAGGACAUUGCAGAACAUCUUCGGAUUCGAUUGAAAAAAGAACAAGAAGAGAAGGAGGACAAGAGAAAAUAUAAAGCUCAGGCCCAUCUUUAUACUGUCAUCAAGGUUGCCCGAGAUGAAGAUUUGAGGGAACAGAUUGGAAAGGAUAUGUUUUUUGAUCUGGUUGAUCACGAUAAAGUUCGCAGUUUUCGAAUUCAGAAACAGACGUCUUUCAAUUUUUUCAAGGAGGAAGUUGCCAAAGAGUUUGGUAUACCAGUUCAAUUUCAGCGAUUUUGGAGUUGGGCAAAAAGGCAGAACCACACUUAUCGUCCAAACAGACCAUUAACCCCACAGGAGGAAGCUCAAACUGUUGGAGCAUUGAGGGAUGUUUCUAAUAAGGCCCACAAUGCAGAGCUAAAGUUAUUUUUGGAAGUAGAACUUGGACAGGAUCUGCGUCCUGUUCCUCCACCUGACAGAACUAAAGAAGAUAUACUUCUGUUCUUUAAGCUAUACGAUCCUGAGAAAGAAGAGCUUAGAUAUGCUGGUAGGCUUUUCGUAAAAAGCUCUGGGAAGCCCAUUGAGAUCCUUACUAAACUAAAUGAAAUGGUGGGAUUUGCUCCUGAUGAAGCUAUUGAACUUUUUGAGGAAAUAAAAUUUGAGCCUUCCGUCAUGUGUGAACCCCUUGACAAGAAAGCUUCUUUUCGGUUUAGCCAGAUUGAAGAUGGGGACAUAAUUUGCUUCCAGAAGCAGCUUCUGCCUGGAAAAGAACAUGUCCGAUUUCCUGAUGUCCCUUCGUAUUUGGCCUAUGUAAAGAACCGCCAGAUUGUUCAUUUUCGAGCUUUGGAGAGACCUAAGGAGGAUGGUUUCAGCCUAGAGUUAGCAAAGAACCACACUUAUGACGAUGUUGUGGAAAGAGUGGCUCAACACCUUGGUUUGGAUGAUCCAUCUAAAAUCCGUCUUACUCCUCACAAUUGCUAUUCUCAGCAACCAAAGCCCAAUCCAAUCAAAUAUAGAUCAGUUGAUCAGUUGUUAGAUAUGCUUGUCCACUACAAUCAGAUCUCUGAUAUUCUGUAUUAUGAAGUUUUGGAUAUUCCUCUUCCUGAACUGCAAUGCCUUAAAACUCUGAAAGUUGCCUUUCAUCAUGCCACAAAGGAUGAGGCUGUAAUUCUCAACAUUAGAUUGCCUAAACUAAGCACUGUUGGAGAUGUGCUUAACGAGAUCAAAACAAAGGUAGAGUUGUCUCACGCAAAUGCAGAACUUAGAUUGCUUGAAGUUUUCUACCACAAGAUUUAUAAGAUCUUUCCUCUUAAUGAGAAAAUUGAGAAUAUAAAUGACCAGUACUGGACAUUGCGGGCUGAGGAGAUUCCAGAAGAAGAAAAAAAGCUAGGUCCCAAUGACCGCUUGGUUCAUGUUUACCAUUUCACAAAAGAGAGUGCACAGAACCAAAUGCAAGUCCAGAAUUUUGGUGAACCCUUCUUUCUGGUCAUUCAUGAAGGCGAAACUUUAGCUGAUGUUAAAGUUCGGAUUCAGAAGAAAUUACAGGUUCCAGACGAGGAGUUUUGUAAGUGGAAAUUUGCGUUUUUGUCCCUGGGACGUCCAGAGUAUCUUCAGGACUCAGACAUUGUAUCCAGCCGUUUUCAGAGGAGAGAUGUUUACGGUGCUUGGGAGCAGUACCUUGGGUUGGAGCACUCCGAUACCACCCCUAAGAGGACUUAUGCUGCAAGCCAGAAUCGCCACACCUUUGAGAAGCCUGUUAAAAUAUACAAUUAA